AUGCCUCCGCUGUGUUCUCUGUGUACUGCGGAUGCGUUUUCCCCUCCUCGUCUUCUGAGGCGCCUCUUUUUUUUAGGAGUUUUUAGGCGCGUAAAAAAUCGCCGUGCUUUCUGUGUACUGCGGAUUCGUUUUCCCCUCCUCGUCUUCCUACGUCUUGUCUUCCGUCAUCUCCACUUUCUUCUCUCCGUCCCCCGGCCCCUUUCCCCCUCCAGCUACCAUACGGCCGCGGUGCCAAGCCCAGCGCUGCUCUGCUGUUUCCGUGGCUCUGAUGCGCUCGUCCUCAAACCUCCUUCCCUCCGGCCCCUUUACCCACUUCCAGCUACCAUAAACGGGCCGCGGUGCCAAGCCCAACGUCCCUUCCUCUCACGCCACAGUGUUCGCAGCGCUACGGUUUGUGCACGUGCUGUGCUGCCCUGUGGCUCUGACGCUCUUCUCCUCAACCCUCUGUCCCUCCUCCCCGCUCCCCAUGCAGCUGCCAUACCGCGCCAAGCCCAGCGCCCCCUUCCUCUCUCGCCCACGGCGUUCGCAGCGCUGCGCUUCGACCACGUGCCGUGCUGCUCCGUGGCUCUGACGUGCCCUCUCUUUUCCCGUUUUCCCUCUCUUCUUCCAUUCUUCCCUCCUCCCGUCCUCCCUGCAGCUGCCAUAACCGCGCCAAACCCAACGCCCCCUUCCUCUCAGCCGACAGCGUUGGCAGUGCUGCGCUUCGCCCACGUGCUGUGCUGCUCCGUGGCUCUGGGGGCGUCGGUGUGCCACCUCCCCCUCCACACCUUCGGCUCGGCAGCAUCCAGGGCCGCCGUUUCCACUCACCUUGGCUCUCUGCCUUCCUCCCCUCCCUCCCUCCUCUUUCCCCCACACCCCACACAGCCACCUGCCCCGCCAGCAACCUUUGGCAGCAUCCAGGGUCGUCUCUUCCCGGCCUACUUCCGCCUUAUGGCCCUCUCCUCUGCCCUCUCUGCCCUUGCUCUCAAACUCACUCUCAACCCCGCCGCUGCUGCUGCCGCUGGUGAAGCUGCUGGUUCCGGGGCAGGGGGGUUGCAGCAGAUCAUGCGCGAGCGGCACAGCAUAGAGAAGGAGGCAGGCAUCGGGCAGGAGGUGGGGCUGUCGCGCAACAGGGAGGUCGCACGGACCAAUAAGGAGCUGGCAGCUGUCAACCGCCGGUUCGGCAUGUGGCACGGCAUGUCCUCUCUCUCCAAUCUCGUUGCGCUCUGCUCCCUGGGCGCUAACGCGUGGUUCCUUGCACAGCAGCUCCCUGUCUAG